AUGAAAAACUUUUCUUUCAUUAAUUACCUAUAUUUUCUACAAUAUUCGUACAUGCUCAAUCUUCAUUAUUAUGCUACCAAUGUGCUUCAACACAUCCAGGUUGUGGCACACCACUUUAGUUGUUGUGGGCGUUGUGGCAUAAAACAAUUUCUUGUCCUGAAGAAGAUUAUUGAUGAUUUAUGUGUAAAAAUCAUUGAGAAAGUUGAAGCUGAAGAACGUAUUACUCGUGAUUGUUUGAGUUCAUUAGAAGGUAUUCAAAAUGAUAUUCCAGCCGACAAGUAUGAGGGUUGCAGAAUAAGUUCUUUGGAUGUUAAGCUAGGACACUAUGUGAAUAAUUCAAUACCUAAAUUGGAUAUUAAACGAGACUAUUACGAUCAACUACCUGUGCUGAUAAGUAUUUUUUUUUUUUUUGUUCGUGAUAUUGAUCAAUGA